AUGUCUGUGAACGGCGCUGAGGAGAUCGGCCGCGGAAGAGGAGACCCGGCUGGUUAUAUGAGGGCGCAGGCAUGCCCCCACCUCAGUCCGAACCUUCCCUCUCAACAAUGUGAACACUUACGCUUGAGCGGCGCCCUCUUCCUCGUCCUCGGCUUCCUCGUGGGCGUGUCCUCCGGAUCCUGCCUGGGCGGAGGCUGCCACGGAGGGACCCACUCAGGAUCUAGCCACGGAGGGACCCACGCAGGAUCUAGCCACGGAGGGACCCACGCAGGAUCCAGCCACGGAGGAACCCACACAGGAUCUAGCCACGGAGGGAACCACGCAGGAUCUAGCCACGAAGCCUUCUUCCAUGGAUCAGGAGCCAGCAUGAGGGACAUUUCCUCUUCUUACUUGCCUCCUCCAGGUGGAUCAGCAGGUGGAGCGUUUACGGGGGGCUCUGCCGGUCGUUCGCUCGGCGGGGACUCGGCAAGUGGAUCCUUCGUACGAGGGGUUCCAGGAGGUGGGUUAGGAAGCAGUGCUAUUUCCACCAGCUAUAUACCUCCAGGAAGAGGAUCAGCAGAUCUGUUUGGUGGAUCUACCGCUGGUGGAUCAUUCGGCGGUUUCUUUGAAGAGGAAUUACCCGGUGGCUCUUUCGGAAGUGGGAUUUCUGGCGGGUCAAUAAGCAGCCUUGGAGGCAGCAGCAUUUCCUCCUCUUAUUUGCCUCCCCCAAGUGGAGCAACAGAUGGACCAUCUAGUGGAGGACCAACCGCUAGCUUCUUCGCUGGAUCCCCUGAUGGAUCCUUCGGUGGUGGACCAUCCGGAAGUGGAGCAGGAAGAAGCCUUGACGGCGGGGACUUUUCUUUAAGUAACCUGCUACCUCCAGCGGGUGGAAUGUCACCCGGUGGAACGAACCUCGAUGGAGACGGCGGUGUUUCGUCCUACUCGCUUCCUGUUGGGUCGACGGACGGAACUGAGGGAUCGUUCGGGGGUGACUUACAGGGUGGAUCGUCCUUUGGAGGUGGAUCAUCCUUAAGUGGAUCAGGAAAAAGCUUUGGUAACAAUGGUAUUUCUUCCAGUUACUUGCCUCCUCCAGGUGGAUCACCAGAUGGCAGAUCUAGUGGAGGCUCAACCGAUGGCUUUUUCAUUAGUGGAUCACAAAGUGGAUCCAUCGUUGGUGGAUCGCCGGGAGAUGGUCGGGGUAGGAGCUUUGACACCGCUGGUAUUUCUUCAAGGUAUCUGCCUCCUACAAGUGGAUCCACACUUGGAACAACUGGUGGAGGAUCAACAAGUGGCUCCUUUUCUAGUGGAUUAUCUAGUGGAACUUCUGUUGGUGGAUCAGGAAGAAGCUUUGAUAUUUCCUCUAGCUAUUUGCCUCCCCCACGUGGAAGAUCGACCGUCAAUUCUUUCGUCGGUGGGUCACUUAGCGGAUCCUUCGUUGAUGGAUCAAGAGGUGGACCGGGAAGAAGCUUUAAUGGCGGUGGAAUUUCGUCCAGUUACUUGCCUCCGCCAAGUGGAACAGCUGAUGGAACGUCUAGCGAAGGACCGAGUGAUGGUUCUUUCGUCGGUGGAUCACUGAGCGGAUCUUUCAUCGGCGGAUCAGGAAGAAGUUUUGGUGAUGGUGGAAUACCUUCGAGUUAUCUGCCGCCGCCAAGUGGAUUAGCCGAUGGGGCGCUGAGUGGAGAGUUAACGGGCAGGUCUCUCGCAGGUGGAUCUCCUGAAGGAUUCUUUAUAACUGACGGAUCCUCCACAGACGGGCCAGGAGGCAGUUUUGGCGGCAAUGCUAUUUCCUCUUCUUAUCUGCCUCCGCCAACUGGGAGAACUUUUGGCAGUGGAUCAAGAGGAGGAUCCGGCGGGGGAUUCUUUGGAGGAUCGAGUGGAGGAACCCAUAGUGGGUCAGGGGGAUUCCUUGGAGGAUCAGCUGAGGGAACACCUGAUAGGUCGGUCGGAGGAUUUUCCAGCGACUUUGUUUCUAGCAGUUAUUUGCCACCCACUGCAAGUCUCUUCAUUCUUGAUAUGGUUAUUAGUCCGUUAAAUAUUAAAUGUGUUAUUAACUGGUAUCAAAUGACCUGUUAA